AUGAUGGAUUUCAACUUCGCCUUGCAGUUUAUUAUAGUCGCAGGAUGUAUGACAUUGUCAGGCUCUCCUCUGCUUCCAGGAAAGAAGAAAAUUCUGAAGUGUAGCAAAGGCAUAGACUUGCUACCAUGCACACUGACUGAACAAACCCAAGAAGUAAUACUCAACCAGAACAUGGCACAUCAUAUUCUGGAAGUCUUGCUACCAAAUGAAUGGGCUAAUGACCUACAUUUGAAGGAUAUUGUACUGAAGAGUGGCGAACUUCCCAUUUUUGAUGGUAUAAUGUUGAAACAUGAUUACAUUCAAGAGGAGGACAGCCGAAGAUGGGAAGUGAAUUACCGUUUUUCCCAACAAAAUCCUAAUAUUGCCAAACUAAGGAUCACAGUUCUGGUCAAGAAUGUGACAUCAACUGACCAAUAUUGGUCGCAUUGGGAGUUUUUGUUCAAUGGAACAACCUAUAGAACAAAAGAUGUUAUGAUGUUCAAGCUACAGAAGAACGCUACACCACCAUCCGACUCAUCCACAACAUUGGCAUCACCGGAGGACAUAUUGAUAGAAACCACGUCUUCAAGCACUGAGUCAAACUCCUUUUCCACUGGUGCACCAGACAGUCCAUGCCCAACGCCUCCACAUAAUGAUCAAGUUGCUAAUGACAUCCAAAAUGGUUUUCGUGACAUAAAAAUAAUGGUAAUCAUUGGAUGGAUUAUCAUGCUGUGUACGAUAACAGGUAACCCUGUUCUUCCACAGAAACUUUAUAAGCUAAUAAAAAGGAAGUUCAAUGCUUCUCAAUCAGAUUCUCAAGCUACAAGGCCAAAUCCAUCUCAAAGACAAAGGCAUACAUCUGAGUGUGAGUCUCCUAAUGAAGACGAUGAAAAUUCAGAACUUGAUGCUUGUCUUACAAAAGAAAGAAAACCAACAGAAGAGAUGGAGCUCGGAUCAACUUCCCAACAAGAUGAACCUAGACCUUCUUCGUUUGAACCAGACUCAGACCUGAUGAAGAAGAUUGAAACACGAACAAUUUCCUUUCGGCAAGACUUUGAGAUGAUGGCUCAAACAACGCAGAAUUCAAAGAGAUGUUCCUUUCCUAUAGCUGAGGAAUAUGAAGACGGGCAAGAAAAAGAGCUGGAUGUGUUAAAGCCAUCUGACAGAGGUUCCCAGCUAGACAAGGAUUCUGCAUUCCUAUCCAUCGACUAGUGCGUGGUGAAAUUUACAACAUCCUUCACAGAUCCUCCCUUGUCGUCUCCCUCUAUUCAAAGCUGCAACUUUGAUCAUAUUCUGCGAUUCAGAAUUCAACCCUGAUUUAGCAGGAGAAUUAAUAAGUGGAAGAAGUUAAAGGAGAAUCAACAAGUACAAGAAAUGGAGGGAGAAGAAGAAGAAGAAAAGUAGAGUCCUGACCAGAAUUGCAAUCAUAAUAGAACCAAGUGCAUGCACUGACAAAUGUGACUAAAUAGGGGAAAGAAACACAGAGAGUGAAAGAGAGAGAGAGGAAGGAUGAUUCAUAAAUAUGUAUGCUAACUACCAUGACAAUUCACUAAACAUUAUGUUUGGUUUGAUUUCUACUGUAGAUGUUGUGCACAAAUCUGUUGCUGAUAAAGUGUGCAUUGUGUUGCAUGCCACAUGAUCAAAUCAGAUUAUCUCAAGAUUUUCUGUUUUUUAUAUAUUUAUUGAUUCAUUUAUUUAAAAAUAGGGAAGCCCAUUCAACAAAGUGUUGGUCUCCCAUGGGGCCCUGUGACGGUGUAUACAUACUAUAACAAUUGUGACAAUUCAUUUACAAAGCAUCAUCAUAAGAGAGCCCAAAAUAAAUAAGUACCUAUGAAGGAAAUAAGGAAAUAUACAAUUAACAAUAUAAGUACAAUUAUUUAAAAAGCAGAUGACGUGAAAGUAAUAAGAAGUGUAUUGGUACAAUUACAAUGAGCCAAAACCAGUAAAAUUAAGAAAGUAAGCUGAAGUUGUGAGUCGAACAAUAUCAAAAUAGAGCUAGGGUCAUAUGUUAAUUAUGUAAAUGAUUGAGGUACGGCUUGAAAAGAAGAAUGAUUAUGGGUAAUGAUUAGAUAAUGCUACAUGCUUCUUCAAAUGAAAUUUAAAUGAUGCAAGGAUAGUUUGAGAUCUUAUUUCAGUUGGUAGGUUGUUAUAAAGGGAAGGGCCGUCAUAGCAUAAUGCGUUUUUACUGUAUUCUGUG